AAUACAUCUUUUUUUUCUCUCUCUAAAAUAAUAUCGAAUUUUCACUUUUUUUUUUUUCUUGUUUUCUCUCUCUCUCUCUCUCCAACUAUUGUGACCCAUGAGGUCAAAGCACACCCAGAAAAUUAAAAUUGUCCUUCAAUAGUUACAAGGAGGAAAGAGAGGGAGAGAACCAGACUCUCUUUGUUGGAGAGUGGUUUUGUGAAACCGUUUGAGCUAUUCUCGUCUCAUAGCAUCUGGUAUUCCAUUCAAAGAAAGGGUGGGAGGGAAGGGAAAAUCUAAAAUCUGUAUUCCAUUCUCUACCUUUUUUUUUUUUCCUCCAAAUAGCCUAGUUUCCUAGGGGCAAUUGCAGGGAUUUAUCUGUGAAAGUUUUGGAUUUUGGUAAUUAAAAUCAGGGUGAAUCCGAGUUGUUUCAAUCGGUCAGAUAUUGGUAUUGAUUUUUCUGAUCAGAUCGAAUCCUAAAUCGCCGGUGUUUGUGUGUGGGUGACGUAAUCGGUGCGUUCAGGAAAAUACCAAUUUCUCAAGCAACAUUUGCAGGUCAAAACUGAAAGGAACCGAAAAGCUCUGAUCCUGGGUUUUGUCUUUCUUCAAUCAUAAUCACAACAAAAAAUCGAGUUUUUUUCCUGGGUGCUAUCAGAAUCAGAAGAAAAUCGAUUUUUGAUUUCUGGGUACUAUCAAGAUCACAUUAAAAAUGGUAAUUUGAUUUCUGGGAAUUUCCUAGAAUUCAUUUUCUCGAUCUAAUCCGGGAAUUCAUUUUCUCGAUCGGGUUCCGAUUAUGGCUACGAAUUCUGGUACCCUUGAUCAGUGGAGAAAUUACUUUCGAACUGCGAAUUCGGAUAUUUUUGGCAUCAUUGAGCAUGCAAUCCUUGUGGCGGCUUCCGAUUGUCCGAAGGAGUUCAGGCUCCGGAGAGAUCGAAUUGCCGAGAAGCUGUUUUCCUGUAAAUUAACGCGGUGUUUCGGUUGCGAUCGAGUCGAGUUGGCGGUACCUGAAAAUGAUGGAGGAGGUUGUAAGAGUGAAUUUGAUAUGGAUGCAUGUCAAUUUGAGGCUGGGGGUAGUGGGAGCAAAGAAAGCAAGGUUAAUAGUAGUAGCAAAGAAAGCAAGGCAAAUAGUAUUAGAGAGGAUCAUGGAGAAAUGAACAUGAACCAGGUUAGCAAUUAUAGCUAUGGAGAAGCUGAGGCAUUGACUGAUGAGAUUGAAGAAGAGACUCAAAUUGCCGGGGAAGUGUUGAGGAUCAGGGAGAUUCUCGAAAACAGUAAAGAUGAGUCUGAUUCGGUGUUGUUCGAUUCAUUGAGGAGACUUCAGUUGAUGGUGCUGUCUGUGGAUAAUCUUAAGGCGACUGAGAUAGGAAAGGCAGUUAAUGGUCUCCGAAAACACGGAUCAAAGCAGAUUCGUCAACUCGCUCGUACACUCAUAGAUGAAUGGAAGGAUAUGGUAGAUGAGUGGGUCAAUGCAACAGCUGCUAUUGCAGAAGGUACUCCAGACUCCGUGAACCCAUCUGUUGUUGAUGAUGAUGAUGAUGAAGAAGGGCUUCCUUUUCCUCCAAUGGAUGAACUAUCUUUCCUCACAACUCAGCCUACUUCACUAGAGCUAUCUCAGUUCUUUGAUGGCAUGGAUGAUGAUGGAAAUCCAAGAAACAAUGGGGAGUUCAACAGGAACCGUGAAAAUGGAAGAAAGCCAUCAUUGGAGAACCAAAAUAUUUCAAAGCGGAAACAGCAGCUUCCUGAUGAAGCAAAUGGUGUUACCAAGGACAAGGGUCAACAAAUAAAGAAGCAAGAACCUGUUGUAAAAUCAAAUAAGCCCAUAAAUACUCCAUCUGGGUUUGGGAGACCACAAGAAAUUUUAGUGAGGCCAAAUAAGCCCUCAAACACCGACUCUGGACCUGGGAGACCUCCAAAACCUGGUGUAGGACAGAAGGUUAAUAAUGAAACCAAGUUCUUGCAGAAAUCAGAUAGGCUUGCCAUCCAAAGGAAACCAGUGGUUGGUCAACAAGAUUCUAAGUCUUCAGAGGAAGACACAAUCCAAGUGAAACUUGAGGCUGCCAAGAGGAAACUGCAUGAACGUUACCAACAAGCUGAGGAUGCCAAGAGGCAGCGGACAAUACAGGUUAUGGAGUUGCAAGAUCUCCCAAAGCAGGGCCUUGGCCAUAGAAAUCCACAUAUACGGCAUGGAAAUAACAACAGGCAUUGGGCAAAUGGACGGCGCUAGGUUCUCUAGUGAUGCAGACUGGGUUCAAUGACUUUUCAAGUUGCUUCCAUUUUUGAAGCAGUGGAACAACACCAAUAACUCUCAGAGUGCCAUGGCUUGGCCUGCCUGCCCGUGUUUGAGAAAUCUGGACACCAAUGUGGCAGAAGUGGGCUGUUCCAUAAUUGGGGGGCCAUGGCUUUAAGACUCUUCACCCUUGUCCUAAUUCACACACAUUGAGUUACUGUAAUUAUCAAACAAUGGGAGGCAGAUAAAAUAUACGUUGCGGUCUGAAAACUUUUGGUACUGAGAUGAUAUUGAUAGAAAACUCUAAUUUGCAUUCAUCCAUUUGAUGAGAAAGUAUCAACAUUCUUUUCUCAUUUUUCACUAUCCCACCUCUACAUCAUGCUUUGAUAUGCCUAAAUCUGCACAUAUGAUAUGUGCAUUUUCGUAAUAGCAUCUUUGUAAAACUUCUCCGUAUGAAUGCUCCUUAUUUUGUAGGAACUGCCUAUUCAUUUGCACAAUGAAGUGCAUUUUGACUAAGACCCCACUCAGUUGUAAGCUUGUAACACUAAUAUAUGGAUGUAAAUCAAAGUUAAAUUUUCUUGUUUGCAGGAACUAUCUAUUGAUUUUAGUUGGAAUGUUGAUGUUUUUUCAUUUUGUUUAA